UUAGAUGCAUAUCUAAAUGCAUAUUACUGUUAACAUGAACUGUUAUGGUACCCAGGCAUCCUUGUUAUGUUUGUACUCGACUCGAAAGUCUUACUAUGAUAAGCGUGUCUUUAAUGCAUUACAGGAUUGAGAUAAUGUGCUCUUGUGCAGGUCGAGCUUCUGCAUCCCCGUCUCUAGACGUCCUCAUUACGCUGCUCUCACUGGGAGCCAAUGGCUACAAGAAACUCUUGUCUGAGAGAAGGGAGCUGUAUGGCCACCUGGCGCAGGAGCUGAGCGCUCUAGCCAAGAGACACGGAGAGAGACUGCUGCAUACGCCACACAAGCCAAUAUCACUGGGGUCGUCCCGCUGGGUGUGGAGCAGACCGUGAGCAGACACACGUUUCGUGGCUUCAUGUCGCACACAGAUGCCUAUCCAUGUCCGUACUUUAACGCAGCCUC